AUGUUUAACAAAACAGAAAUACUAUUGUACUAUUGGUGUCCUGCGCAAUCUCCAACAACUUGGAAAGGCACAAAGCUCAAAAAAGAUUUAUAUUGUAGAAUUACAUACCGUAUGUUCAACGGUUCUGACAAUAGUCACAUCUCGUUUAACAAUAUUGAUCCGUGCAAAAUAUUAGAAGACAAAAACGAGUCGGUUACUGAAAACGGUUACGUGGACAAACUAUGUAACGAAUAUAAAUCGUGUAUAUCUGCAGACAAUAAAACCAACAUAGGGAUACAAUCGGGAUUAAAUCGAUCGGUUUUUCAUAUUGGAAAUUCAAGAACCGCGACUAGUCUCCGUAUAGAACCCGAUCAUUUACCAGUAAUACACCUCUUAUACGAAGGCUACCCCAAACUCUGGUUGUUUCUAUCGCAAGCCGCAGCGAAAAAAUUAAAAACACUUAUACCACUGGAUCAAGGACAAUUGAUAUUUAUUCAUCCGAAAUUUUUUUUAGAAAAUUAUAUACCAAUAGAAUUGGCAUUGCAAAUUAGAAAUACUGGCAUAUAUAUACAACCAAAUAUUAUGCACCAAUCUAUAAAUUUAGGUGUUAAUUUUUCGGAAUCUGUAAAUUUUGGAUCUGCAAAAUGGUUACUAACUAAAUCAGUUUUAACAGAUUUUGAUUGUUUUACACCGUCACCGGAAGACAUAACCCGUCUUUUGUCUAUUGAUUUGAAACAAAUAAAAUCCAAAAUUAAGCAUGUUAUAUACGGGCGUACGAAACGAGAAGCUCUUUGUUUUUUAUGCAAUACAGAAUUCAUGCGUAUCGAUAAUCAUAUCCGAACAAAACACAACUUAGCUGUUUUUAUAAAUCUCUUCCGAAACCCACAAUGGUUGCUUAAAUACUCAAAAUUGUGUUCCAUGCCUGAAUUAAGUGCUGAAGAACGUAUAGCGUUUUAUUGUAAUAUAUAA